CGCGAUGGUAGCGAGGUGCGCGGACGACGGCGGGGGCGGCUGCGGCUCGGGCCGCUGGGCGGCGGUGUACGCGUGUCUGUGCGCGCUGCUGCUGGCGCAGCUCGCCUCCUCCUGCUACCUGCUGCGCUACGUGCAGAGGGUGGAGCGCGGCUGCUGCAGCGGCGGCGCCGUCGCCGACCCCGACGACGACGCCGAGGGCGAGGACGAGGCGUCGCGGGUUCGCGCCCCGCGCAGCCUCGCCGACGACAGCAACGCUGUCGUGCAGGAGUCGACGGUCGAGUUCUUCGACCCCAAGCUGCGGCCCGAGAUCGAGGAGCGCGAUCAGCAGCAGAGCAAGGCGUCCGGCGACAAGGGCGCCACCCCCUGGGUCUGGCUCACCUCGUACUCCAGGCUGCCGCUGGUGGCGAUCCAGGGGUUCUGCAAGUCGACGCGGGAGUACUGCCCGCCGGGCGUGCCGGGGUCUCCGGGUCCUCAGGGGCCGCCCGGACUGCACGGCCAGCCCGGCGCCAAGGGUGACCGAGGGGAGCGGGGGUUCCCCGGCGAGCCCGGCUCCAGGGGACUCCCCGGCGUGGCGGGGCUGCCCGGUCCCCGCGGCCCCAAGGGCGAACUUGGCUACCCCGGUCCUCCCGGACUGGACGGCCGAGACGGAGUGCCCGGGGAGCCGGGCCUGGACGGGCUUCCCGGCCGCAACGGGCUGGACGGGGUGCCCGGCAGGCCGGGCACGGACGGUGUGCCGGGGACGCCGGGCACGCCAGGCACGAACGGCACGGACGGACUGCCAGGGCUGCCGGGACCAAUUGGACCACCUGGGCCGAAGGGACCGAGAGGUAUAGCUGGUCCACGCGGGCGUCCUGGUAAGCCGGGCACCAACGGAGUCCCCGGCACUCCGGGCAUCAACACGUGGAAGGUGCGCGUCAACGGCACCAUCAGCAAUGAGCUGCUCAUCCCGCCCUCCAUCACAGGUUCAGGAUCGAUGGAGAGAAAGGACCCAACGGCGGUGCACGAGGGCGACAACGUGCGCAUCAGCUGCGGCGCCGCCGGCAACCCCCGACCGCACGUCGAGUGGCGUAAACUGGAUGGCGCGCCCAUCCCACUGGGCUCCUGGCAGACCGUGUCGGUGUCUGGCUACACGCUGAACCUGACCCGCGUGUCGCGGGCGCACAUGGGCGUCUACCAGUGCAUCGCAGACAACGGCAUCCCGCCGCCCGCCAACAAGACGUACCGCCUCGAGGUACACUUUCCGCCGCUGAUCCGCAUCCACAGGCAGCUGGUGGGCGUGGUCAACGGCUCGACGGGGGUGCUGGAGUGCGACGUGGAGGCGUUCCCGGAGCCCGUCUGCUACUGGGAGCGCGAGGACGGCCGCCUCAUUGAGCCCGGGCACAAGUUCAUCACCAGCCUCUCCGACAGGGACCGCUACAAGAUGCGGAUGCAGCUCAACAUCACGCGAGUCUACCCGCCAGACCACGGGAAGUACCACUGCGUGGCCAAGAAUGAGAUGGGCAUCACCAGGGGUGUCUUCAACGUCUACGGAGUGGACCCGCGGCUGGCGACUCCGCCGCCGGUGCUGGCGUCGCUGCCGGGGGCCGUGGUGUACGGCGAGGGCCCGCCGCCGCCGCUCGACCUGGAUGACCUGUGCCCCGCUCCCCAGCCCUGCCCAGAGUGCCCCAGGGCGGGCCGCUGCCUCGGCGGCGACCUCUCGCUGCUCAAGCUGGUCGGCGGCCGGCUCGACAUCCGCGGCUUCGAGAACGUCACCGUGCCCGGCCUGCCUAACAGGACCACCGACUGCCUGCUGUACGCCAUCGGGAAGCCCGUGUACCACCGCUGGACGGACAUGACUUACGGCAGCUGGAUGCGAGACGCCAUGCCGCGGCCUGAAGCUAACGCGGAGAAAUUCUGGGUCACCAACGAAACUGACCCGUACCACCUGUACGAAUUCGCCAACAAGACUUCCUUCAGCAAGGACGUACCGACCAAAGUCUAUAAGCUCGACCACCCAUUCAAGGGCAACGCGCACGUGGUGUACAACGGGUCGUUCUUCUACCACGAGCGCGACAAGCGGCGCGUGCUGCGCUACGAGCUGUCCACGGGCCACUACACGCCGCUCGACGUGCCCCUGGUCGCCACCAACGGCUCCAACUACCUCUACUCCACCGACCACAACUACAUCGACUUCUCCGUGGACGACAACGGCCUCUGGCUCAUCUACGCCCUCCCAGACAUCAACAACACCAUCGUCAUGAAGGUGGACACGUCGACGAUGCAGAAGCAGUAUAUGUGGAACAUCAGCGUGAACCACCACGAGGUGGGCGAGAUGUUCGUCGUGUGCGGCGUGCUGUACGCCGUGAACAGCGUCACCGACCGCAUCACAAAGAUAGCUUUUGCCCUUGACCUAUAUACGAACAAUCUACAGGACGUGAAUCUCAACUUCACUAAUCCAUUCAGGAGGACAACAAUGAUCGGAUACAAUCACAGAAACAAGGAGCUGUUCACGUGGGACAAGGGCAACCAGCUGACGUAUCCGGUGCGCUACCACGAGAUGGGCUACCACCUGAACGCCACGUCAUCCGGCGGUGGCAGCGGGAGCGUCGAGGAUCGCAGCGAUUCCGACACCUCCAGCGGCCAGGUGCACACCGGCAUCGAGGUUUCGUAGCCGCGCCACCCGCAGCCGACGCUGCCGCACCACCACCAACACCGCUGAGUGGUUACCGCGGCGAGACGCGGCUGCCCGAGCCCUGGCUGGGGGGGGGGGGGGGGGGGGAGGAGGGAGGGGCGGGGGCACUGUGCACCUCACAGGAGGCGCGUGGGGGCGGUAGCAGGGGGACCGAGGGCGGGGUACGGACACUGUGCUGUUCGUAAGAUACCGCAAACUCUAGUGGUUUGCAUGCCGGUGUUCCCUCCCAUUCUUAAUCCACCGCAAAAUUAUUUCCUUUCAUUGCUCUGCACCCGUCAGACAACCGCGGACUGUUUAAUUGAGCACAAUAGGCUACAGAACUAAGACAUAUUUAUCGUGGGGAGACGACAGUGACUGAUCUAUUAUGUUAAGAAUAUUUUACUUCUAGACACAAUCAUGCAUCUAUUUUCAUAUCAUUCGUGUCAAUAGAAUCAAACAAUUUUUGGAGAUAAAUAUAAAAAAUCAACCUCUUUAUAGACUGGCAUAAUGAUAUUUAUGGACAUCCAGUAUCAUGCAGGAAAACAUGUCAGCAACUUCCUUUUAUUAAAACUACUAUUGGCACUUCUGUCGAAGCUGCUUGGAGAAAAAUCAUUUAUUUGCGUUGACUAGUUUUGGACACGACGUCCAUUAUAAAAACAUCUCUUUCGUCAUGAGUAUUGACACGUAAUACAACCAGUAUAUUUGCAGAUAGCCACAACUGCAAAUAGUGAGUAACAUUGACGACUUCAUGUACAGUGCAUUAUCAGUCUUCCUCGCCACGCACCACCAGUUAACUGUCGUAUUAUGUAUCAGUACUUACGAUGAAAUCAACGGUCCGAAACUAACCACCGUUUAUAAAGGAUUAUUCCCACCGCAGCUUCGGCAGAAUUAUAAAUAUUGAUAUGUAUUCAGUAUAUUACUCACGAUGAUUCAGUAGUGAUGUUACACACUUUCAGGGAUGACGGAGAAAGGUAAAUAUAUUAAUUUAAAAAAGGAAUCCUGGUCCAAAAACGAUGGAGUCGAAUGUUAUAAGCGGUUAUCGUUCUUCGAUAAGGACAAUAUCUGAAGAUAAAGUUGAAGCUCAAUAUUUUCCCACUAUAAUGUAAUUCCAUCACUUUGAAAAUCGGUCUGAUACCUCUGACAAUGGAAUAAACGUACCACCAUUAUUGUGGCUGAGAUUAUAGGGUAAGCAACUUUCAGAGGACCAUAGUCCUAAAAUUCAUCCAUGAAGAGCUGUUGGCAGUUGUUCAUUGCGAAACACAUCUCCUGCAUUGCAAGCUGUUUGCUUUCCAUAUUUUAAAGGAGGUAGUAUGGACCAGCACAAGAAAUAAUGUCCAGUAAAUAUUGGGUGGCAAAUGCAUCCCGUAGAAGCUAUGAGUACUUGUUCAGUAGAAGAGAUACAGUUCAAAGUAGCGAGAAGGAACAGGGUCUCAUCGCUCUUAAAGUGUGCAUUUGAGAGGUUAUGUUUACCUGCCAUUUUUUUCUUCUUUUCGUCCAUACUACCACCUCUGAAAGAUGCCUUCCUUACAAUGUUAGCAACAAGAGUACCGGUACAUAUAUUCUAGCGUCAGAGUUGUCGGAAAGAUUUUCGCUUAUAACUUUCGAAUCGAUCGUUUCCGGACUAGGGAUCCUUACCUCAAACAACACAUUUACCAUUCUUCGUAAUCCCCGAAACUUCGUAACGUCACCACGGAAUCACCUCAUACACCCGAAUUCUCGUAGAGGACCUUGCAUUGUCUUUAAGUUAACAUGAUCUGCUAGAUUUUAUACUGGGCGUCUUGUAAUUAACACCGAAAACAGAGACAGGUGAAAGCGCACGACAAUAGAAGCAAAAGCGUUCCACCAAACACGAAUCUCCAAGCGAAACGUUUGCACAUAAUUGUGAAUACUGACUUCAGUAUAAAUUAUUGUCCUUGUUGGUAGAAAUGUAUGCGAAAUGUAAACGUUUUGCUUAAAUCCCCGAAGACUCAGGCGCAUAUAUCACCCUCGGUCUACUUUAGCAAGAAAUACAAUACUACUUCAGCCCGUUGUGCUGUACAUUUUUCUGUAUACUGGUACCAGUUGAAGGAGGUGUCUUGCGUGUCGCCCUCGGACUUGGAUGUAACUCUAUACUCGUCUCUGCAGUGAGAUGCAAAUUGUCUAUGACACCCCCUGGAUGAUCUCGUAAAUCUUGAUAAGGUUGUAAAAUUCUCUGCUCAGUUCUUGAACCGGGUCAAUGAAAGAGGUCUUCAAAUCACUCCCAAGAAGGCCCCAAAAAGAAAAAUAUGGAGGAUUAAUGUUAGAUAAUCUUGGAUAUAAAGAUGUGGCUCCUGUUAGACAAGUCCAUCACUGACCGUAUCGGGCGUCACAUGUCGUCGUCUUACGUAAGCAGCAGAAAGUGUCGGUGGCCGCAUACAUCUGCCGCCUUCUGCAACCAUGGACAGCUGGAGAAAUUCGAGCCUAAUUAGAAGAGAAAUUAAUCGAAAAGUUUAUAUUUCACAGACAUUUCUACUAAGUAGGGUGAUACUUCCUACUGAAGUCAGCGGCGACUCACAAUCACAAAUUCACUGUUGAUUUGUAAACUCAUAUUCAUUGGUAUGUUUUUGCUUUCAUUAUCUUACACUUUACGAACGUCAUUGUACACUCUUAAUUAUGAUUCAUCAGCUACAGCAGAAAUUUAUCACUUUUUUGUCACACUAUUUUUCUUAAUAUGUUGCUAACGUACCCCAUGAUAUCCUCUUCAGCUCUCGUUCACUGGUGUUUUUUCUAUUUCUGCCACUUAAAUACAAGUAGCCAUUUGGCGUUGUGCUGGUUCAGUGGAAGAGGAGAGAUAAUUUCCGACACAAGCUUAUGUACACAGCUUCGAAAAUGUAACCAAAUACGUGUGUCAGAGCAGAGGAAAGAAUCCAACUCCCUUUCUGCUCCGCUCCAUACUAUAAUUACAGGUGUGUGUGCCCCUCCAUAGCAGUACGAAUCAUUUGAACCGAAGCUGAUACGGUGUGCAAACCGUUUGCAAUCCAGAGUUAAGGAAAAUGACUCACCAUUAAUAUAAAAGACUUAUUUGGAUGGAUGUUAUAUUCUGAUAUCAUUAUUCUUUGUACAAAAACUGUAUUAUAGUACCUUAACAUUUGUAUGUAACCAAUUGACACGACUACAAUAAAAUAUAAUUUACGAUGGUA